CCUCUGGGAGCUUGUAGGCCGAACAUUGUCUCAGCCACCGCAGUCCACACCUGUUGGGGGCCGCGGGGGGGAUAAAUACUGCAGCUCGACGCCCAACACGGUAAAUUAUGGACGUUUCUCCUCUACCAGUGCUCUCCCCCAGUAAUAUUGGGAGUUUUGCAUAUCUGACUAUAAAAGAUCGGCUACCUGUGAUACUGACACGUGUUAUUGACUACCUAUAUAGAGAAAGAAUAUCACUUGGAUUGAAAUAUGGAGAGGCUGCUCAAGAAGGUUGCAAGGAAGUUGUCAGUCGUUUGUCUCAGAUGAAGAAUGAGAUGCAAACAAACAAAGACUUUCAACUCUUAAGCUCCCCUCAACCCAACAACCCAUUUGAUGACUCAGAAAUAUGGAACCAGCAGUUUGAGAGCUAUGUCAGCAUGUAUGGAGUGUCUCCUAAGUGGUUUGCAGCAUCAUGGUUGUAUGCAGAGUGCUAUAUGUAUGCUCGCAUCCAUGAAGCCCUAUAUCUUUGUGAUCCGUUAAGGGAUUUUGAUCCUUUUGAAGAACAGAAGCAGAAGAGUUUAGUGGAUUCUCAAAUAGCAGUUGAAGCUCUUACAGAAAAAGUAUUGACUGUAUGCAGUGCCCUUUCUUCAUAUACUCAAGAUCAACUAAAACAACAUGUUUUGAAGUUCUUUGAGGUUAGUCUGUGGGGCAAUAAGUGUGAUCUUAGCAUAUCUAGUGGUGGUGACUGCUGCCAAGCUGAAGAUUUGUUUUCAUCACUAGAUAAACUGAGAAAUAACAUCAUUGUGAAUGAUUCAAAUACAUUGUGGCAGCUCUUGAUUUCUCUCCCAGAAGACCAGCGAGACAUUGCACUGGUGCUUGACAAUGCUGGCUUUGAGCUGAUUUCGGAUUUGUGUUUGAUGACUAUCCUGAUGGAAGCAGGUCUUACAACCUCUCUCACCCUGUACCCCAAAACUCGACCAUGGUUUGUGUCUGAUGCUUUGGAGAAAGAUUUAAGAUGGACUGUAGAUAAACUCAGGAGUAAUUCUGGAUCUAUUGGACAAAUUGCCACCAAGUGGUCAAGUUAUCUCUCAGAUGGACGGUGGAAAAUCUGCAACAAUAAGUUUUGGACAACAGGAUAUAAUUAUGCAAAAAUGAGCAAAAUCAGCCCUGAUCUUUACUCACAGCUUAGCAAAGCCUCUUUGAUUAUUUUCAAGGGUGAUCUGAAUUAUCGCAAGCUGACUGGAGAUUUAGAGUGGCCAACAGACACCAAAUUUGAACAUGCUCUUCAAGACUUCCGUCCAACUCCUCUAUUAGCAGUGCGGACAGCUAAAGGGGGACCAGUGGUUGGGCUUCUUCCAGAUCAGAGCAAGACUAUUUCCAGUGUUGAUCGAGACUGGAACAUUAAUGGAGACUAUGGAAUGAUCCAGCUGUGUACUUUUUCUUGAUUAGGUAAUACUUCUCAGCUAUAAGCUUAAUAACAGACUUUAUACAUUAAAAUCUCACAUCGAAUGAGUAAUAGGUAUGAUAAGAAACAAAAGAAAACAACAAUAAUGAAUAGAUUAAAUGAAUAAAAUAAAAACAUAAGUAGAAAACACUAGAUAUGAAUAAAUAAAUUUAUGUGAAUUAUUAUAUUAGAGAAUAAACUAGACAAGCCCUAUUUUGACAAUAUUUUAAUUCUUUACAUAAGUGAUUGAAAUUGAAAUAUAAAGAAAUAAUAUGGAUAACUCUAGACAAAAAAAGUGAUAUAUGAGUAGGGUAGGAAAGAUCCUCCCUCCUUACUAUCACCAUUUCCACCAUUCUCAGGCUCCCUGUUAUUCACUGCAUCUCAUGAUGGCUUCCCAACUUUUGUUCUCUCUUCCUUCCCAACACUUCCCAUUUCCAGCAAAGAGAUUAGCAGUAUCACUAAAAUUAUUCUAUUCUCACUAUCAUCCACAGUCCUUUGUCCCUUAUUUCUUUCAAAAUUUACCAUGAGAUCUUUAAACUAGGGGCAUUUGUUUAAUUGUCUGGUAAUAAGCACUUGUUAUUUUUUGUUAAUUUUCUGUACAAAGAUUUCACUGAACUUCUGGUUUAGUUUCUAUUACAAAGGUGAUACUUUUCUCAUUCAGAAAGGCUGAGAUGGAGAUUUGGGAUUGGUGGUGUGGGGUGGUGGUGGAUGGCAGUGAUGUUACACACUUGGCUAAGACUGAGGCUGAUUUCAACUGCAUGCCCAGCAGUGACAUUGCUUGGUCUGGGCAUCCAGGGCUUUAGCCCCAAAUGUUUUUUCUUUAGCCCUGGAUAAUUCAACAGAAGUACAACACAACAUACUAGUGAUGGAAGGAAAAAUAAAGUUUAAAUUAAACUGAUUCAUGUGAUGUGCAUUUUUGGGGAAAUAUGCCUCCUGAUAUAUUCUGUAAGCAUCAUCACUCAACUUUUUCACAUGGUCUGGUGUUAAAAAAGCAAACUAAAAAUUGAAAAUCAAGUAACCUCUCACAUGUUUUAAAGAUUGCAGAGGGGGAAUAUGACUUCGCUUCAGUCAAAAUAUUUAUUUUUUUGUUUUAAUCCAUGUGUUGUCUAUACGUGCAUCAUUGUGUUUCUAUCAAUAUAAUAGAAUUUAAUUUUGACACAUUUUGAAGUCACCACAAGGCUAAAGAAAGCUCAGAAAUAGAAGCUUUUUUCCCAGAAAGGAUCCCCUAAACUUCUUUAUAAGGGUAUGGGCUCAGGCCCGAAUGUUUUCAGUCCCAAGAAACGCCCCUGACGCCCAGGAUUUUUUCUGCUAGAUUAAAACCUUUCUCAAAAGUUGUAGGUAUGGGUAGAUGCCAAAUAUUGUCCUUAGAUGUGAGAUCUUAGUGUAUACGUAAGAUUAUCUAACUGUACAAAAUGAAACAUUUGUAUUCAAACAUAUAACAAUGAAAGUUGACAAUGGAAGUGUUCAAUCUAUUAUGAUCAAGGUGUAUCUUUUUCCCACAGAUAGGUGUUUGUUUCGUUACUGUUAUUAAAUUUUGUAAAUACCGAUUACCAGAAUUUAACAACUACACAUCCUAUGUAACUUCAGCAGCAGGUGUGAAAUUCAAGUUAAUUCAAUAAAACUUUGUUGAUUUAAA